UCGUCGUCGUCGUCGUCGUCGUCAGUACUAUUGUUACGACCGCCACUACCGUUGCCGCCGCCGCCGCCGCCGCCGCCGCUCACGCGGUCAUGUAGUAGUGGAUAGUCGGUUGGCCGCCCAGACACCGCCGGACGUUAAUUAUUAAUUUACCGCCAAAAAUACCGAUAUCCGAGUAAUAAAACUUCGCGGGAAUAUCCGACUGUUUUACGAAACCGACUACCUACCUACCCGGCUAUGCAAACACGAUGGCUUGUCCGACAGCCAGAGAUAACAACCCGUUGGUCAACCGUUUGGUCCGUGUUGGAUACUACGAGCUGGAGAAGACCAUCGGCAAAGGCAACUUUGCCGUCGUCAAACUGGCCAAACAUGUCGUCACCAACUCAAAGGUAGGCCGGUCUCCAUUACUUAUCUCCGUUAUUACCUCCGUCUCUACGUAGGAUUCAUUUUUCAGUUUGUAAUGACAUUAACGUCAAUGAUAAAGAUAAAAAUAUUGUUCGUUGGAUAGGUAGGCCCAAUCUGUUCCGUUUAUCUUGCCUGUUGUAUUGCUAGUGUACAUUGUGUACAAUUAUUAUUAUAGUAAACAGGUACUUUUAAUUUCCUGAUAUUUACAAGCCUACCCGCUUUAAUUGGAUUUAGAUAGGUACCUAUCUGUGUUACGGAAAUUGAACAUAGGCAAUUUGUACCUAUUAAAAAAUGUUUUAUGCAGAUUUUAUGAUUAAUUUUUUUUGCUUACCUAUCUAAAAAAUUUAGGCGCCUAUAUUUUAAGUGUUAAUUUUUUUAUUAAUUUGUAAAUUUAAAAUAAGAAUAUUAAGUUAUUAAUGUAGAUAUUUACAUAUCUCCACAUCCCCUGUUGAGGGCUCAUCCCCCCAAAUGGUUUUCUGUUUACACCUUCAUAUUAAUUGCCUAGGCACUAUUCUAGUUUGGCCGAUUUUCGAAUUUAUUUUUUCAAAAUGGAUUUGCAUUUGUGAAAAAAAAAAGAAACAAAAACCAAUAAUCUGUAUAGAACUGCCUUUAGAAAUUAUGAGUAAAAAAUACUUAAAAAUUAGGUAGGUAAUGACUAAAAAUAAUUUAAUAUUUCCAAAACAUUUUUUAUGCUUAAUCCAUUUGGUAAAAUUAAUACUUACUUUGAAAGUUUUUGUACAGAAACAUUGAAAAAUUGUUUUUUUUGGAAUUGCCUUAUUCAAAAUGUGUUUAACAAAAUAGCUUAAAAUCCCAUUGUUGUAAAGUGAGUUUUAGACUAGGUUUUGGAUUUACAUUUAAAACAUUAUUAUCCUUUGCAGAAGUAUCAAAUGGAAUUUAGAUUAGGUAAGCAAAUACCUCCCCCCCACCCCUUUGAAGAGAACUGCACUGUGAGCACUCAAGCAAUGUGAGCCAUCCCCUACACCUGUGGUUCUGUACAUUUUUAAAAUUGUUUACAGUAACUGGUAGUUAUCGCAACAUAAUUAAUCUACAGGAACAAUCCACAUUUGAUAAUCACAUAUUGAUAAAUAAUUAAAUUAAAAAAAAAUAUUUACUCAAGUAGGUAUUAAAAAUACUGAUUUUAAACUAUUUUUCAAAUUUACUUUGAUUAUGUAAUUACCUACAAAAAUUAAUGAUAUGAUAUUUUUUUCAAAUUUUAUAUACAAAAAUUUUAACAGGCAGUAUUUGUAAAUUUUGAUUUUACCAAAGAAUUAAGCAUUAAAAACCAUUCAUUUUGAUAAAAAUAAUAAUCAACAUAAGUUGCUGAAAUAUAAUUUUUCCAUUUUCUAUAAAGUCUGCUAUCUAAUAUUGUAAUGUGCAUAUAAAAUAAUUGUUCAACAUUUAAAAAGAUAUAAUCAAUAUUUAAAAUUGACUAAGACCUAGAAGUAGAUUAUUCAAUAUUUUGAUAUUUUGAAAAUUAUAAUUAGGUAAACCAUCUAAACUAUUCAAAUUUAGAAUAAUAUUUUGUUCAAAAUAUUUGUCUUAUUCAAUCAUAAGUACCUACCAAGGUACCCAUAUUUAAUUCUAAUUUAUUAAUGACUAAUUUAACUACCUAACUUUUUGGCUCUUAAUACUUUUAGUAAUAUCAUAAUAAAUAAAAUAAUAGGAAAGUACUGACAUGGGUACCCUACUCUGUAAUAAAUAAUAAGGUACAAUUUACCUAAUAUAGGUAGGUAAUCUAUUUAAUUAAUCAUUUGUAUAAGUUCAUUAAGUCAUAAAUAUUAGGUACGUAUUGGCUACAACUAAUAUAAGUAAUAGGAAUAUUAGAAAAAUAUCAACAUUUUUAUUGAACUAUAGAAUAAUUACUUACAUGAGUAGGUACAUAUUUUUGUAAGUAAGUUUUUGAAAUUCUUACUAAAUAAAAAUAGUAAUUAAUCUGUUUGUUAUAAUGGCAAAAAAUAAUCUUAUGAUAUAUUUUUAAAGUGUACCUAGCUUAAGGUAUGUAUAAUACAUACCUAAUAUUUCUUCAUAAAUUACUUAGAAGAAUUGUUAUUUCUAUUAUAUAAUGUAAAUUAAGUAGGUAUGCACGUACCUAAUAAUUUAAUUCUUCAAGCUUUGCUGUAUCUCAUUCGAGUUAUGAACCUUUUCUUUCUUUUAGAAUACCCGGGUGAAUACAUAAUUUAUAAAACCAUUUUUCAAUAUUAUUUGUCCUUUUGUCCUUCAAAAUCUAUUAAACGAUUGUUUCAUAAUUCCAUGAAAUUAUUUGUUUAUAAUUCGAGGUAUAAUUUUUAAUUUUUUUUUUUUUAAUGGGUAUUUUUCAAAUACAAAUUUUAAUAUUGCAAUUCCGUUUGACAAGUGAGUACCUAUAGGUACCUAACGUCUAUUGUUCAUUAUCUAAGAAUUAUUUACUUCAUUAAUUUUCUUUCUAUUAGUGACUAUCUCCAAUAAUAAUAUAAACAUGUUUAUCUAAAUUAAAUGUCUGGACAUAGUGUUUUACAAAGAUAUAAAGCAAGUUAUUCUCUGUCUUCUAUCAAGAUGAAAUUAUCUUAACGUUUUACAUCUGGCAAAAUUGUAAGCAAUAAGAAAUCUUUAUUACUUAUUUAAGACUUCAUUCUAAACAUAAACAUUAUACCAACAUUAAUUAACUAUUAGGUAUUUAAUUUAUAUUAACAACAUUUAGCAUUCAACUUACUUAUUUUUAUGCUCAUAAACCAAGUACAAUAUGCUUAAGGUUAGAAAAAAAAUCAUCAUUCGAGAAAUAUGAGAAUUGCUCUGUAUACAUAAAAUCCAGACACCUAUCAAUAAAACUAUUAAAAUUCAUAAAUAUUUUUGUCCCAUAAAAAAAAAUCCCAACAAUACUUAUCUAGCUGUUCAAAGGCUAAUGAAGUCACGUGUAUAAUAGGUAUAAUUAUAAUAAUAAUAAUAUUAUUUAUUUGUAACUAGUAUAAAGUUAUCCAAACUCCAUACAGUGUACUAUUAAUGAUAAAUCAUUAAAAAAAAAAAAACCAUUGUUAUAAUAGGCACGUGUAUAACUACUAAACAUUAUGAUGCAAUAUUGAGAUACCUAGUAAAAAGAAUAAUUUAUGGAUUAUGUUUCUUUACAAUUUUUUUUUUUACUCCUCAUAAGUAAUGUUUAUUUUUUGUCAAAGUAAAUCUUUUUUUCCAGGUAAAAAGGUAUUAUUUUUAAUACGUUCUUAUAGAUCCAAGUAAAAAAAAAAGUAAAAAUAUAUUCAUUCAUUUAUUUCCUCUUUCUAAUUUUAUUGUUUUUUGACAGAACAAAUAAACAAAUCAAAUAUGACGAAUUUUCAACUAUUAUUUUUUUCUAAACUUUAGGUUCAGUUAUCCAAAAAUAAUCGAUUUGCGAUAUUUUUAUUAGUUGUCUACGAAAUUAAGAUUCAAAUUAAUUUCAGUAUGGCAAAUUUAGCUCAUAAUCAGAUUGGUAAUUUAAGUUAUCUAAAAAGAAAAAUAUAGACAUUCAAUUUCCCUCAUUAAGGUAGGUAACAUUUCUAUAUCGAUAAUAUAUUAGAGAACAGGUUCUAUUAUCUAAAGCCAUUUCGGUACAAUAAUAAUCGAUAAAAAUAUAAUAAUAAUCAUCAAAAUUAGAUUAAUAAUUACCCAUAUCGAUAUCUAAAAUAUAUACAGAGUGAUUAAUCCUUGAUAAUACACUCAUUUUCUUGGAAUUUAUUACCUUUUUCCGGAUUUUUUUAUUUUUAUUGUUUGAUCGUUUAUAAAACCAUUACGGGGUUAUUGGAAAUUGUAAAUUUCAAUACCAAAAUGUAUAUUUUAAUUAAAAUUUCUUCUAUUUAUGGAAUUUUUAAUCUAGGUUGUUAUUUGAAAAUCAAAAGUGAAUAGCGGUUUCACCCCUCAAUAAUAAGGGUGAAACGAAUAACGGUAAUAUAAUAUUUAAGUACUGCUUGUUUCUUAGAAAAAACAACAAAUUCAAAAAAAAAAAGUUAAAAUCAUUCUGAGAUAAUUCUUAUUGAUAAUUGAUCUUACUGUAUGUAUGUAUGUAUAUAUAUAUAUAUAGAUAGGAUUUAAAUAUUUUAUAGGUGCCUAUAAGUUAUUCUCUCAUUAAUAUUGUUACCUACCUAGUCAAAAUUUCAAUAGAUCACUUGUUAAACCUUGAACUGUAAGAAUUUGUUUUGUUUUUUUAAGAAAAAUGAUUUCGUAAUAAACUAAUUGCCAAUUGGAGAUAAGUCAAUUAACUAUGUAUUAGGUAGGUAGGUAGGUCCAUUACGUCAGCUAUUAUCCCCAAUACUUUGAUAAAUCUGGUACAAGUAAUACUAAUUUUCACAUAAAAUAAUCCUUUGUGUUGUAUUUAUUAUGAAAUACUUAUUAAUACUUUGUUGAAAAAAUAAAUGAUAAUAUAUGUCACAAUAGAGACCGGAAUUAUAUGCACCAACAUCCAUAUCAACUCAAAAUAUGCUGUUGUGAAUGUAUUGAAAAUCAAUACCAGUUACAAAAAAAAAAAAACCACUAACAAGGACUGUUUAGUAAAAAUGAUCCGAUUUUUUCACGCCAUAACCUAAAAUAUAUAGAUUUUUUUACCAAAACGUAUUUUAUUUUGAAAUUAUCUGUGAUUUUUUUCAAAAAUGUGUGCUCUAUUAUUGGUUUGAAAAAUACUGUCUUUGUUUUUGCGAAAUAAUCCGAUUUUUGGGUGCGAGUAAAAGAGCUGACAAAUAUUUAAUGCUAAAUCUUAUUUUAACCGAACCGUAUCAUAACCGACACAUGUAUCGUCCAAACCGUCGUAUUUUAGCAGAAAAAUAUUCGAUAAAUAUUUUGUCAGAACCUUAUUUCAGCUGACACUCGGAUUAUUGAUAAUAGAUAUAGACAUAAGACAUAAGUCUUAGAACUUAAAGAUAAAGUCGAACCACUUCCCUUCCGCCAGACCGCUGCCAAUGUUCUUCUUGUUUAGUUGACGAUUUUUAACAUUUUCAUUGACGUUUUUUUAGUUAGGAUUUCAUAUAACAUGUAUGUACCUACAUAUUAUAUUCACAGGCUUAUACACCUAGACGGAACAUUCACCUCGAGGACUGGGAGACGUGGUCGGUCCGAACUGAUCAAGAGAGAUAGGCUUAUAUUAUAGGGCCUAGUGUGAGAACGAGCAAAUUCGCACUCCGAGGAUAGCCAAUUAAAGCACUCCCGUUCAUUACUUCACGAUUUUCUGUUUUUAAAAUGAAACUCCACCCACCGGAACGCGUUUUCGUAUGUCGAAUGUUCAGUCUAGAUGUAUUAUUAAGUCCAUGAUUAUAUUAUUAUCGUAGGCAUACUGCAAUUGAUUCUAUAGUAAACUAUAACCAUGAUACCGAACCUGGUAAUAUAUAUCAUAGACAGAUAAACAUAAUGUAUUAUAAUGGAUAGACACCGCGUAUUAUACUCCUUUUGUGUACAACACCUUAGUUAAAAAAAAAAACAUCACAUAAAAGAUAUAUGCGAGAGAGAUAGGCCCAAACGUUACUUUUUUUUAAGGAAUUCAUAAGGCAAUAUUUACAAUACUCUUUGCGAUUAUAAAUAUUUAUUGUUACAAAAUAAGAAUAACGAAAUUUCUGGAUAAUGUACAAAAUAUCAAACGACUCAAAGUUUGAACCAGAGGUAAAAAAAAAAAAAAAAAAAACCGAUCGUUAUAAAUGCUACCGAUAACGGUACACAAUAGCAUAACGGUGUGUUAUUAUUAUCGGCGUAUGAGAGAAUCCUAAAAAUCAUGGGUAAAUAUAUAUGUUAUACUUUAACCCACGAUAAAUGAUUUAUGCUUCACGCGGCUAAUAUUCAAAUUUGAAAAAGUGACAUUAAUCAUUACCAAAAGAACACAUUCUAGAAAUUCGUUGGUACAAACCGGUGUACCGUGUUGAUUCCGAUUUAUCCUACCGGUACGCCAAAACGGAUCGGUGGUACAGUGCACACCUGUACGCAGAAAGAUGAUCGGUUAAGAUGUCGAUGCCGAUUCGUUCAUACCGGUGUGUGAUACCGAUUCGGAUAUUUUGGUACCGGUUUCACAUGAAAUUCGUUGACCUGUAGUUGGUGCAAAAUAUCAUUAUCCCCACUAUAGUCCAUAGUUAAUUGUUAUCGCAGUGUUCUCUGAAUAAUUCGUACAUUACUGGAUUUUUUUCUGAAUGAUUAUUCUAGUAAUACAAGAAUGAUGAACGAUAAAGUUUAACAAUAGUACAAUUUGGGUUACUACUAUAAUCCCGCGUGGCCGCUGAAAUGAAAAUAAAGUAGUGGGCACCUAUGCAAUUAAUUUUAUAUUAAUUAUAUAUUCAGUACAUACUUUCAAAAAUAUGACAAUCUACAUUGGACCAAUUUAUGAUUGAUGCCAUUAUUAUUUUAAUUAUUCAUUUAUUAAGUAAUAGUAUUUUUAAAAAAUGUGAACGUAACAUAAAAGAAGACAAUAUAAAACGAAUCGGUAUAACGAAAAUAAUAGGAUCAGUGUCAAAUUUUUGUACGCCGGUAUGUCCGAAAAAAUUUCUCCAGUUUACACUGAUUUAUUUUAAACACACCGGGGUUUGUAUCAACGAGUUUCUCAAGGUCAGACGCCUUGAGAAAUUUUCCCCCAAAAUAUUUCUUCGAUUCGCAUUGGUUUGUACAAAUGAAUUUCUAGAUUAUUGUAUUUAUUGAUACUGAUUUUAGGUAGGUUUUGUUUGUUUACAUUUUUGAGAAUUACAUGGGCCGAAUAGGGAGUGCACCAUCUGGUUUUAUAUAAUCCGUGGUAGUACACAGUGUUUUGAUGAUUAACCUGGUUGUAUUCGUUAUCAGCUAUGUUUAUAUGAUUUUGAUUAAUAGUAAUAGAUUCGUAAGAACAACAUGUUUAUGGUUAUUACAAAUAAUAUUAAUAAAAAAAGUACUGGAUAGAUAUCUGAUCAUUAGUUUAUCAAUAACCAAACAUCAUAUCGUUGUUCCGUUUGAUUAUGAUAUUUCAGUAACCCAUAACCAAAAUCGCCAAAAUGACUUGUUUGUAAAAUACAAUAACUUGGUUCCAUUUGGUUAUUCGCCAAAACACGCCUUUAGACGGAUUCCCAGCAGCUAUCCCGUGUACGUGUACAUGGGUCUACGGGAUGCGCUGUGAUUGGUUGUAGCAUUUUAGUACAUCAUACUGUUACAGGAUAUCGCGUUGUUGAACUCGAGUCAACUUUUCGACGAGUGGUUACUAAUGUUUACUGAUAAUCAUAUUAUUUUGUGAAUUGUGGUAAUAAAUGAAAUAAAUCAUACACGGUAGGCGGAGCAUCGUUUAAAAUAUGCGCGUACACAUACAGGGGAUAGCUGAGAAUCCUCCUUUAUAACAAUAAAACACGCCUUUAGAGUAACAUUAAGGAGCCGUUGUUUUCAUAAAUUAAAGCUAGUACAUCGACUCCUUUUUUAGAACCAUCAUUUAAUACAAAUAUUUUUGUUUGGUUCAUAGGUACCUACCUACCAACCUAAGAAAUUCAGAUAAAAUAAUAUUUGCAAAUAAACAUUUUGCAUAUUGUAGUAUUUUCAAACAAAAUAUGAUGUAUAACAUAUAUUCUAUUUUAUUUUAAUGUUUAUGAGAAUUUAAUAAUGAUUAGCCAAUCUUUAAAUUCUUAAAAAUAAAAAAGGACAACAAUAUUAUAGAAAACAAAUAUGAUGCGCCACCUAUAACAGGUAGGUAUUUGGAAAGGUACGUUACAUAAAGUUGUUUAAAUUAUACCUGUUAGCAACGAUAAACCAUUGCUCACGAACAGUUCGGAUUUACAUGUUUUGAAAAGACCUAAUAUUUACGAUUUUCGUCAAAAUUUGAUUUUAAAACACAUAUAAAAAAAAAUACUACAUUACAUUUAAUUUUGUUUUUUAACCUCUAAGUACGACUUAAUUAUACCUCCUGUCGAUGUUCAAGCAUUUCUAUUUGGUCAAACAAUUUUAUCCACAGAAUACCUACUAAAUAAAAAUGUCUUAAAUACUCUCAAAAUUAAAAUGCCAUUAAUUAACAAUAAUUAUUAAAUACAAAAAAUUCUUGAAUUAUACGAGUACCGCAAAAUAAAAAACAAACGUGAAAACUAUUAAUCGUCAUAUUUUAUUUUGUAAGUUUGUACUUAAAAUACUUCAUAAACAGUGAUAUCAUUUUUUGAUAAAAUACAGUGUACCAGCAUAUCAUACAUUGACAUUUUACUAUAUUUUAAUCUAUACAAAAUGGUAUUUCUAAAAAAAAGAUUUUUGAUCUCAAUUUAGUUAUACAGCCAUUAUAAUAUGGAACGGCCCCUUUAUAGUACUCUAUGAUUUAUAACGACACCGAAAAAACGGUUUGUAUCCUCAACUUACAAACGGGUCUUAUCAGUACCGGCCUACCGACAAUAUAUGUAGAGAAUAUAGGUAAAUGGCUCAGUACGAUUUUUGGCAGCAAUAGUUGUAUUCUUGUUUCUGCUAACUGUUACGAAAAAAAAAUAGGUUCGACUGGCGAUUGCUAUCCGUAUGAGGAAAUGUUAAAAUACAAUAUAUAUUUUCAUGUCUUUAUUAAAUCAUUAUUAAUACCUAGGUAUGAAUUUACAAAUCAGUUGGCCAUCUCUAGUAAGUAAGAUAACUAUCAUUUAUUCUAGGUAGGCAAAUUUUGAUAAGAACCGUUUAUUUUAUUAAGUGCCGUAACUGAAUUUUGUUCGUUUUAUAUUAAAAAAAUAUUAAUUUAUAAUUUAAUUAACUAUGUUUAAUACAUGACGGUAGUAAAAAAAGAAUGUAUCUUAUUUUACAUUUAGGUAUUUAGUACAAAUAUAUAAUCGUUCGUCAAUAUAAAAUAAGAGUAAUAAUUGUUAGGUAUAGAUAAAUACCACAUAUUUACUUUUUAUAAAUAUUUUAGUUUUAAUCGAGAUAAGCUGUUGAUACUGUUGAGUUGUAAGUGUAGUUGAUAGGCUGUUAUUUUCCGCGAAAAAUUUUAAUAAUAAGGUCUAAUAAUGAUUUUAAAAAUUAUUUAUAGAUUUCCACCACUAUUACGAAUUGAUAUUUAUGUAUAGAAACGAACGUCUGAUAAGUGAUUCUAAACUUUCUCAGGUUGUGGCAAGAGCCAUAGUGCGAUCUAGUUUAUUAUCCAUAAGCAAUAUUAAUAUAUACAAAUACAUGAACAAUAAAGAACAAAAAUAUACUAGUACAAUUUUAAAAAGUUGUCGAAAUUUACUAUAAUUUAUAAUCUAAGAUUUGUUCUAAUGUGCAUUGAAUUGUAUAGUCAUCUCUAUUCAUUCAACAGGUUUUAAUGUAAUUUAUAAAUAAUAUUAGUUAUUAUAAUAACACAGAAGACAGAGUGUAUUGUCACAGUAUUAUAGUGGUAUCAUGUUUUCGCUGGAGCGAAAAUAUGUAGUUCAAAAUUUAUCACAAAUCGCUAGUAUGCGCUUUGGUCAGUAGAAAUGUUGGUAAUUUUUCGUUAGGAACGGUUAAUUGUUGCGUACAGAUAUACAUUAAAUUUCCUUUCUACUACCUUCCCAACUUCUCAUCUACAACAGUGGCCCACUCACGUGCACAGUAUGACACCGUCUUUUUUUAUUUAUUAUAAUCUAAAUGGUGAAAUUCUAAUGAAUAGUUCCUAUAAAACGGUUUUUAGACCAAAUUGUUCUCGAUCGAAUAGAUGUGUUUCCAAAAAUGUACAACUUCUAGAUUUAGAAAUUUAAUUGUUUUUAGAAAAUACUUUAUAUUUUGCUUGUCGGUUAGAUUUGAAAAAAAAAAAGUAAACGUUUUUGUAAAAAUCAGGCGCUAAAAUCGUAAAUACAACACUGAUUUCCUAUGGUUAAGUUAGGUCUAUGACACUAAAGAAACGCUAUUUUUUACUCAUUAUUUUAUAUAAUACAUAUACUGACAUAUCUUUGAUUAACGGAUUUAUUGUACAAAACCUGGUUGGGUAGGUAAUAAGAGAAAAAGUAAAGAUUUUAAACAAUUUUGAAAAACUUUUUAACUUUAAGCAAAUAUAUGUUAUCUAAUUUAAAAAAACACAAAUAUUAUAAAUUGCAUUGAUUUAUUAGUAUAAUAUUUUCUUAAGAAUUUGAAAAAUCAAAAAAAAAGUGCUAAGAAAGCCUGUGUCAGAUGGAAUUUAAUAAUUGGGUGUAUAAAAUUCAAAAGAAUUUUUUUUUAAAACAAUUAUUUCUCUUGGCCUAAAUGUCAUAUAUGCUUGAAAAUACGUCUUGAAAUGCAAUUGUAUUAUCUGAACGAGGACGAUUUAGUCUUAAAAAUUAACCACCUCGAGGGUAGGCAUGCAGUUCUUAACAGGACUAUGUGUGGACUACAUCUAAACAUUUUUAUUUUAAUUAAAGAAUUAAAAAACCAGCAACUCAAUUUUGAGCUUGUUAUUCUGUCCCAACAAAAAUGUAAUCAAGCUCCAAAAAUGAAAAAAAAAUUACAAUACGUUAGAAGGCAGAUUAAAAACUGAAAAAUAGCGGUAAUUACUAAAUAAUUAAUCAUACAAUUAAAAUAAUAUAUUCAUACCUAAAAUUUAUGUUAUAACUUAUAUUCGGAAAUGGAUAAAUAACAAUCAUGGCAUAUCUAUACGCGACUAUCUAUACCACUUCCAUCUCGAUUAAAACUAAAAUAUUUAUAAAAAGUAAAUAUGUGGUGUUUAUCUAUAUCUAACAAUUAUUACUCAUAUUUUAUAUUGUCGAAUGAUUAUAUAUUUGUACUUAAUACCUAUAUGUAAAAUAUGAUACAUUCUUUUUUUUUUUUUACUACCGUCAUUUCUUAUACAUAGUUACAUGGUUAAUUAAAUCAUAAAUUAAUAUAUUUUUUUUUAACAUAAAACGAAUAAAAUUCAGUUAUGGUACAGUAUUUAUUAUGAUUCGCAAAAUGGGUUUUCGGUAAGAUGAGAUUCGGCAAAAUCCUCUAAUAUUAUUUACACAAAUUAUUUGUCGGCUUAAAUAUUGUUGACUAUAAUAUGUCCCUUCCAGUAACUUAAAAGUUACGAAUUUUCCCUAGUGGUACUUCAUUUGAUAAAAAAAAGUAUAUACAUUUCAACAGUUUUUCUACAAAACAUUUUUUAAAAAAACUGACUACGAAUUUCUGAUACAUCGAUUUUUGUUGUUAAUUUCUGGGUUACAAUGGCUACAAGAACGAAAGAACACUGACUAAUACUUAUUCCAUUAAGAACUCGGCUAAGACUCAUUACACAAAUAAUUCACCACCAGUGUUGUAUUUGUGUCUAGGAGCCCCUUAAAGCCCAAUAUUUAUAAAAUAUCUUCAUUUAGCUACUGAUUAUCUUUAGUGGAGAGAUUAAAUAUACAUAGUAUUGUUUAGACAGUUGUUUUAAGUUCUGCAAUAAUAUUAUUUCAUACAAGUACCUUUGUAUUUUAAUUCUCAAUUCCAUUCGAAUCACCCUAUUCUAUAAAUAUUUUAGUUUACUAGAAGAUAAGAAUAAAAAUUUUAAUGUGUUAAUAAAUUAUUCACAAAUUAGUUAAUAACUUCAAACUUUUAAGGAAAUUUGAAUUCGAGGUUUGUGAAAAACUAAAAUUUAGAGUUUAACCCAUAUCCUGAUAUUAUCCAUAUUAAUUAUAUGGUUCUUUGCUUUGUUAUAUUGAAUAAAUUGUUUUAUUUUUUUAUGUGUUACAGGUUGCAAUCAAAAUCAUUGACAAAACACAAUUAAACGAGGAUAAUUUGAAAAAAAUAUUUAGGGAAAUUCAAAUUAUGUCAAAACUUAAUCAUCCACAUAUAGUGAGAUUAUAUCAGGUAUACACAAAAAUAUUUUUCUCAAAAUCUCUUUUUAAAUUUUAAAUACCCAGGUACCUAUUACAACUAUAUUAGAAACCAAUUUUUUUCCUAUUAAGAGUAACUCACAGUUUACACCCGCAUGUAUAUUUUGUCAAAUUAAAUAAAUUAAAAAAUAAAAAAAUUAUUAAUACUAUGCUAAUAAAACUAAAAAGUAAAUAAUAAUGGAAAAUACUAAUAAAAAUAUUGUCUUGCAUAUAUACCUAUUGAACUAUUAAUUUGUGCAACUAAAUAUUUAUAUUAACUAUUUCCUUUACUAUAUUUAUUUUUCAUCUUGCUUUAUUUAUUUUUAUUCCCUAUCCCCUAAGUAAAUCUAGUAAUCUACUUACGUAUUUAUUUAUUCAUUUUAUGCUAUAAUUAAAUAAUUUUUACUCGUAUAUGGGGUAAAAUCAUUCUUCCACAUUUUUGGGAAAAUGGAAAAACUGACUUUAACCGACUUAUUUAUAGUAGAAGACAUACAAACAAAAGUUAUAUAAGGCAUUUUUAAACAUUAUUUUCCUAAAGCUAUAUGGAGUAAAAAUUGAUAAAGGAAUAAAAACGGAAAAUCUGGCCACUAUUAUUACUAGUGAUACAUAUUCAAAGGUUUUAUGAAGCAUUUUUAAAACAAAUUUCCCAAUAGUUAUUAUAGCUGUUAGGUAAAAACCAUUUUUACAUUUUCUUUAAAACUGAAAACCUAAUUUUUGAUUAUUAUAUUGUUAUCAAAAAUAUGAGUGCAUGCGUCAACCAAAAAUUUUAAAUUUCUUAGUGUGGUAAUGUAAAGUAUAGAAAUGAUUGUAUUAAAUUCUGGUGUUUAGAUUGAAAUUACAGGUUAGUCAGUAAUCACAAAGUUGCAUUGCACCGAAUCGCGCUUAUAAAAAUAUAUUUUAUAUACAUAUAUAAUUGUUGUUUAUGGAUAUAAUGCUUUAAAAAAAACAUCAAUUUUAAAGUGGAUUGAAGCAUUUCAAUAAGUGCAGAGAAUGCUUCAAAGACAAUGGGAUGUCAGGACCCCCUUCAAUUUUACUUAAUGAUCAAACCAUUGUGCGGCCUUCAGCUCAUUAGCUAUCACCUGAACAGUCAUUUGUGGGUCAGAAAGCACAAAAAACCACACACUAUCAAUGUUUUGGUUGGUACAUGAAGUGGAAGGGCAUCAUGACCCAACAUCAUCUUUGAAGCCUUCUCGGUUCUCAAUGACUUAUUUUACUUAAAAAUGGAUGUUUUUUUUAAGGCAUUAUUUCCAUAAACAACAAUUAACAUUCCUGUGAUGUUUUUCCGAGUUUCACCAAGAAUUUGAUAAGCACUCAUUGUUUCAUUUAUUUAUUGAACAGAGCUGUUAAUUCCAAGCUGUGUACACAAUAAUAAUAUUUUUUCUAUUUUUAUUCAUUUUUAUUGAUGUAUAAAUGAUUUGAAACAAGUAUCUGAUCAUUUAGAAUUUUAUAUCAGGAAUGACAAUAAACAUAGUGCGUUGGUUUUUUUUUCUGAACACUAAAUACAACUAAUAAUGGAUCUCGUGUUAAAUUACCAAAUACAAUUUCAACUUGCUAUAAAUAGUUCAAAAAUCUAAUGUUCAAUUGUUUUGAAAAGUUUUUCAUGUCCAUUGUUCCAGGGUUAAUAUAAGUAUUCAGUGAAUAUAUCAAGUUUUUAUAAUUAUUUUUUACCGAAUUACAACAAAAAAAACAAAAUAAAAAAUAACUAAAACUAUUAUUCAGGUAUCAAUUAAACAAAAUUUAUUACCAAAAUCUUGAAGUUGAUGAUUGAAGGUUUAUUUUACAAAAGUUGUUAACAUCAGACACAAAAAUAGACAUCUAAUAAAUAAAUCAAAUUCAUUCAUUUGCUCCAAAUCUUAAAAUGUUUGUAUUGAGUUUAUUCAGAAUCUUUUGUACAAACAUUUAAAAUUAUAUCUUAUUAAUAAAUUAAUACUAAAAACGAAAAUUAAAUUUAUUAAAUAAUUCAUUGGCAUAGUAUGUAUCCAAAUAAACUUGUAUUAUAUCUGUACACUAAAAUAAAUAUCUUAUAUGUUUUUGACCAUGUAAUAUAUUUAAAUAUUUAAUAUUUUUGGGAUACAACUCAGACAUGUAAUGAGAAUACAAUACAUAGAAGUUUUCAUGAUACAUCUUGUAUAAAAUAUCAUUUGUUACUAAAAUCUAGAUACACUAAAUUACUAAUUACAGAUAUCAAAGUUUAAAAAGAACAUUUCUGAGCACAGGUCUUGAUGUUUUUCUCAAAUAUUGCACAUCAAAAUAAUUACAGGCAUUUAAAAAAAAAAAAUCAAACCAACCCAUGAGCUGCAACUUUUUACUUUAACAACAUUUUAGAAAAACAGCAACUUUUCUUUGAAAAUAUUCUUCGUAUUAAAUUUUGUCAUUUACCUAUGUUUAAAAUGUAAUUUCAACCCAAAUGCUAUAAUUAAGUUCUAAUGUCAUUUUGUUAUAUUGUCAAUUAGUUGUUUUAUUGAAACAAUAUAUGGAGCAUUAGGCCUGUACAUAGAAUGUGAUCUUUAAUUUACAGUCAGGUGUAACAAUUCAAAUUUAUUAUUUUAUUAAAAUAAUAUGUAAACAUAUGUAUGGAGUUAUGUAUAAGCUAUUUAAAUGAACAUUUAUUAACUCAAAAAUUGAAAAAUAUUUAAAUUCGCCUUCAAAGAAACCCCAUGCCAUUAUUACAAGUUUAAUCAUACAAUUUUAUCAAAAACAUUUCAUACAAACCGGGAGAAGGGAAGGGAAAUAAGUACAUACAAAGGUACCUUUUUAAAUGAAUUUAGUGUUUUUACUUUCUAUCAAAAUUAAAGACAAAAAUUAACAUCAACAUUAUUUAAAAUAUAACAUUUUGAUUUAAAAAAUUUAAAGUGGCUAUGAAAGAUAUCAUAUAUUUUAUCAGGCUGGUGUACACAUAUGAUUAAAAUGUCAGGCAAUUUAAACUACUUUCUACUGUAUUAUUUAUUGCUGCAGUGGAGCAAAAGUAUUAAACUUUAAUAUAGGAUUAAUAAUAAUUUGUUAUUUUUUUUUUGUAAAAAAACUAAUAUAAUAUACACUUUCAGGUUAUGGAAACAGAAAAAAUGAUUUAUUUGGUAACUGAGUAUGCUGCUGGUGGUGAAAUAUUUGGUAAUUUAAAUUGUGUUUACAUUUUAAUUUACUUUUUAAGCACUAUCCAGAUGAUGCCAUACAAAUGAUGUUCAUUCACUGUUCCCUCCCUAUACGGCUAUACCUGAGUCUCUGAAAGAAAUUACCAAAUUUAAAAGUGGUAUAUCUCACCAACGAGCUGGAAAUAAAAAAUGUCAACACCAAAAUUUAUUUCAACUAAAACUUCAUCAGUUUAUGGAAUCUUUAAAAUAGGUUGCCAUUUUAAAAUCAAAAGUCGGUAGUGAUUUCAUCGCUAAAAACACAAGGGUAAAAAAAUAAGGGUAAUGUAAAAUUUGAGAAUUGCAUGAAUCUUAAAUUUCCCAAAAAGAAAAUUUCAAUCAAAUUUAAUACUUUUUGAGAUUAAUGAGUUUUCUGUGUUUAAAAAUCACAUUUUAGUACUAAAAAUUAUAAUAAAUUUGGUUCAUCAACUAAAAAACUAUUGUAGUUUUAUCUUAAUUACGAUUAUAAUUAUCAUUAUUAUUUUUGGUUAUUAUAUUUGAAAUAUAUUAAAUUGUAUAUUGAUUAUUGUAUUAUUCAUAUGAUAAAAAAUGUAUAUAAAUUAUUAGAUAUUUAACUUAAGGAUAUUAAAUUAGUUCUAAAGUAUUCACUUAUUUGAAUGAAUUUGUUUUUAGUACUAAACUUAUUUUAAUACAAUCUCACCUUGUUCUUCAUACUUAUUUUCGAUUUUAAUUUAUUUUAUUCAAAUACUGUAAUAAUUUACAAUAUUACUUUUUUUGGCCAGUACAAAAUAGUACUUGUAACAUCCCAAACCAUCUUAAUUUUUGUUUUCGAUUAUUAUUUACCUAACUUAACCUUAAUUUGCCAUGUCUGUAUAGUAACUCUACACAUCUUUCAUAACAUUCUCAUCUUUGAUAUAUUAAUCUUCUAUUUUUAUGUCCUACUUACUGCCUCUAUAGAAAAAAUGGAUCAGAUGAAAAAAUGAAAUCGCAAAUGUUUCAUAAAGAAGUCAAGUUAGGAUUAUAUAUUAUAACACAUUUUUAUUGUAAAAUGAUUGUUUUCAAUAAAUGUAUAAAAUAAUAAUAGUAUAGUAAUGUGUAUCAUAUGUAAUAAUAACAAUUUUAUUUUGAAUAAUUAAGAUAUUUUCACAGUAUAUGAAUCAAGUUCGUUCUAAUUGUAAAAAAAAUAAUGUUAACUUCAUGAAAUCAACAAUUUGACUAAUUUUCUGUUAAAUAGCUUUCAUCCCAACUUUUGGGGUCGACAAAUCUCAAUGUAAACUUCUACUUGACCCAAUCUUUCUCAUCAUCUGCAUCCAUUACAUACACAGUCUUUCUGAUAUCAUUCUUUCUGCUUCCAAUUCAUUUACCCAUUACAACAUGCCCAAACCAACUGGAUCUAUUUACUCUUGUUUUGUUUAUUACCAAAGCCAAUGUUUAUACUACUUUCUAUAUAUUCAUUGUUCGAUAUUCUCUUUUCAUCAUCCACUUAAGAAUUUUUAUCUCUUCCACACUCAUUUUCUGUCUACAUUCCAUACAACAUAGUUGGUCUUGCCAAACUCUUAUACAAUUUAUAUUCAAGUCUCAUUAGAAUUAUCUUGUCACAUAAAUACACAAUGCACAAUCAUUGUCCAAACAAAUUAUAUUUUCAAUUUCUUUUCAAAGUUGUUGUUCUUUUAUACAAAAAAUCCUAGAUACUUAAAAUUCUCAAUCUUACUCUUUGCAUUACUGCUAAUUGUCAUCACUGUCUUAUUAUCUCUUUAUCUUCAUGCCUACUUCUUCCAAAUUCUUACUCUAUACUAGGGAUGGCAAAUUAUUUUAACGCUACUUACCAAAAAUACAAAUAUAUAAAUAUAUAUAAUAUAAUAUAAAUAUUUUAAUUUUUCAUGUGUCCAACAUUUUUUCAAGUGCAAUAGAUUUGCCAUCCCUGCUCUAUAUGCUAUGCUUUACUUUUACUUAUCAUUAAACUCUUUUUUUCAAAUGCUACUCUGGAUUUUUUAAGACUAUUGUUAACUUCCUGAUUUUUUCCUAUCAAAAUUAUAUUUUAUAUUUCCUUUAUAAUGUCAUUUGUUACAAUAGAGAAACAAGUAAUGGCUUCAAUCGAAACCCUAAUAUACAUUUAUUCCAACCCAAAAAUCUUCUUUAUUCUACACAUUUUUUUUACAUUUCUAUUUGAAUCUAAUCAAACAAAUAUACUAUUUCAAAACUCCUUUUUUUCUUAAGGCACACAUCAGAACCUCCUUUGGAAUUCUAUAAUGUCUUCUAUAAAUCUAUAAAGACAAUACAUAUGUUUUUCAUCUUCUCUUUUUAUUUUUCUACAAUCAAACUGGUUCUUAUUUAUUGAUGUCACUUAUAUAUCUUUUAUCUAUAAUUUUUGUAAGAAGGUUUAUUGGAUUACUAAGACAGUUUGUACAAUUGGCAUAAUAUAGGUCUAUUUCAGUUUUUAAACAGCUAUAUUAAAUCUCCUUAAUUAUAGAAAUAUCUUUAGAAUUUCCCCCUUAAAGAUUAAGAUUAAAUUUAAAACAUUUGUUUAAUGUUAAAAAUUAAACAAUAUAAAUAAUGUUAGUUGAAUUCUAAAUUUUUAAUAAAAAAAAAAAUUGCUUGAAAUACCUUGUUUGUUUCAUUAAAUAUUUAAAAAUUGUAUAUUUUUAAUUAAAUACAGACUAUUUAGUUAAAAAUGGAAGAAUGAACGAAUCUGCUGCUUGUCAUAUUUUCAAACAAAUUGUUGAAGCUGUUAGCUAUUGUCAUAACAAAAAUAUAGUUCAUAGAGAUUUGAAAGCAGAAAAUUUACUUUUAGAUGGUGAAAACAACAUUAAACUUGCUGGUAUUGUGGUUAUAUUAUUACUAUUUAAUUAAUAUUAUUAAUAUAAUUAUUUAUUAAAUUUAAAUUUAAAUGCAUUGUUAUAUUCUUUAGAUUUCGGAUUCAGCAAUCACUUUUUUGAUGGGAAAUUACUUUCUACCUGGUGUGGUUCUCCUCCUUAUGCAGCACCAGAAUUGUUUCAAGGCCAAGAAUAUGAUGGACCUAAAGCUGAUAUUUGGGUAAUAUUUGUCAUAUGUCUUAUUAUCUAAAUUGCAUUUACUCUUAGUCAAUUAUUAUAUUGUUAACAUUUUUUCCAGAGUUUGGGUGUUGUAUUGUAUGUUUUGGUUUGUGGUUCUCUUCCAUUUGAUGGAAAUACAUUAAAAGUACUUCGUGCCAAUGUUCUUUCUGGAAUGUAUCGUGUGCCAUAUUUCAUGACUGCUGGUAAGUUAUGAAAAUAACUUAUUAUAAUAUAACAUUAUUUUAUACAUGUCAUAUUAUAGUAAAAUAAAUAUAGGCUGUCUUAGAAAGAUAUCUCUUGAAUAACUCCAGAGAUAAUAAACAUAAUACAAUUUUGAUUUUUUUUAUAUUACUCACAGGGAUGAGGACUACAAAUAUUUAUUUUUGGAACAUUUUAAGAUAACCAUUCUGUAAAGUUUAUUCUUCUAAAAAUUUGAAUGUAUCACACAUUUAUAUCUUAUAAAUAGUUUCUAAAUAACAGCCAUUUUAAAUUCUACUAAUCUGUGUGAAAACCAAUGUUAUCUAGGGAAUAAUCUUACCGUGUUACUAUUCAUUGGAUAUUAAUGUGUGAUACAUUAAAAUUUUCAGAAAAUAAUAAAAUACAAAAUGCAUAUUUUAAAUUUUUUUACUAAAAAUUCCUAUAUGUAAUAUAUUAUGUGUAUUGUAUAUAUAUAUAUAUUACUGUAUGUAGAUGACCGUACAAUUGUAGAACUAAUUUUUUGUGUUCUGAUUUAAUCUUCACUAGUGUUACCAGAAUAAUUUUUGUUGUCAAAUCUCUAACAAAACUCAUUUCAGUUUUCAAACUCCGGUUUAAAAUUUGAUCAAACAUGUACACCAAACACUGCUCAGAAUUAUUUUUCAUUAGGAAUGAUUUAUUAUUGUCUACAAAUAUGCAUUUUUCCCUUCUAUAUCCUAAUUUUCUAUUUUCUCACCUACAGCUGAGUGAAGUCUUACCAUUAUGCAAAGUAUGUCCCUCUUUUUUCAUUGUUUUUCCCAAUUAUUUUGAAAACUGUUUAGAAAAUUAAAAAAUUACCUCUCCAAAUUCCAAUGCAUCAACUACAUUCAAAAUGCUUCAAAAAAGUAAUACAUUACUCUAAUGCUGGGUUGCAUAAAUGAUUGAUUAAAACUCAUUAAUAAAGUGUGCUAUGAGGUUAAACUUUUAUGUAGGUAAAUAUCUUUAUCAGUUCCAUAUAGUACAGUAAUAUUGCAUAAAAUGUUUAAAAUGUUAAAUAUAAUUAUAAUUAUUUGGUUCUAUGAAUCUACAUAUAUUUUUUAUAUAUAAUCAAAGUAAUCAACUAACUUAUAAACCCAUAUCAAAACCUGAUUUUUUUUUUUUAAUACCCAAAAAAAGUUAAUUUAUCAUAUCAUUCUAAUAAUUUCCAUGUGUCAUUAUGAUUUAUUAUUAUUAAAAUUUGUAUAUGUAUUAUAUAUAUAUACAAUAACAAUAUAAUAAUUAUGAUUAUUCAUAAUACAUCAAUAUAUUUUGAAUGAAUUUUUAGAAUGUGAACAGUUAAUAAGACACAUGUUAGUCAUUGAACCUGAAAAAAGACUAAGUCUGAAUCAAAUAGAGUCUCAUAAAUGGAUGAAACAAGUAAUUAUAAACAUAUAUUUAUACACUAAUUGUCAUUUAUUUCAUGUUUCAUUAUUAGUAUUAAAUUUGUAAAGUAAUUGUAUUUUUAAAAUGAUAAUAUAUAAAGUCUAAAAUAUUUAAUCUCGGAUUAUUAAAAUACUACAAUCAUAAACUUUAGAUUUUGAUAUCAAAUUUCCAUUAUAGAACAAAUAAUAACUUAUUUUAAUAACCAGUUAAAACCAAUAAUGAACUAUAUUAUGAAUAAUUUGUCAGCAAAAAGGAGAAAUCAUUAUUCAAUAAUCAAAUACUACUUCCCCUUCUAAACUUCAAAUAAACUUGACCUAUUAAGCCAGUGUUAGAUAUUAAUAUGUCAACAUUUUUGAGAAAUUAAUCUAUAUCUGCAUUUAAAAAAUGUAAAGUUUAAUUAUGGUCAUAUUAGUCCAAAGUAUAUACAAAGAAUAGGUUUUUUUUUAGUAAUCUAGAAUAUAAUAAUAAACAAAAUAAUAAAUAUUUUAUAUUAUAAAAAUGCAUCUGUGCUUAAUUUUUAAACAUAAAAAUGUGUCAUAUUUAUAGCUACCUGAACAAACUAAAAGACUACUAGUUGAUGUAAACCCCGUGAUGAAUAUUGCCGUUAUAGAACUUAUGUUACAGUUACCUGGGUUAGACAAAGACAUGAUAGUAAAUGUAAGUGUUAUUUAUCAUUUAUAAUUAAUUUAAACAAAUUAAUAUAUAAUAAUUGCUAUACAUUUAAUACAACUAAAAUAAAUUUAAAAUCUGGUUAUACAUCUUGAGUUGGCUAUUUGGAUAGAUAUCAAAUGGAUGCAUAAACUAUACACAUUGUUGAAUUGUUUAAGGUGGGUACGCUUUGUAUAUUUGAAAUUCUUAUAAUGUUACUGCUAUAUUAGUGAACAAAUGAUUUCUUCAAUAUUAAAAGAAUACUAUUAAAAUCUAUAUAAAUACACAUUUAUUAUUUUUCCUUAUUUAUAAUUUUAUACAAAUAUAAUUCCUUACACUGAAGUUUGAAUAUUUUUAGAUCUAAAUUUCUUUUUCAAAUAAUACUGAUCCACAUAAUUAAUUUGUUUAAAUAAUUAUAAAUUAAAAUGUAAUUGCUAUUAGCAGAUAUUUUAAAAUAAAACUUCAUAUUAUAAUAAUUUAAACUAUAUUUAUUAUUAUUAAUUUUUUUUAUAUAGUCUGUUCAGCAAAAAAAAUUUGAUCAUGUCAGUGCAAUAUAUCAUUUAUUGGUUGACAAACUUGAUACAACUAUCAAUCAAUGCAACAGUACUAAGCAACCAUUUGCUAAUGAACCUAGUAAAUAUUUCAUAGUUUUAUAUCCCCAAUAUUAUAAUAAUAAAUAUAAAUAUCAUAUUUAUAGAACCCAAUGGAUCUGUUAAUAUUAAUUCAAAUUUAAUUGAAAACCUACCAUUAUAUUCAAUGUCACUUUAUGCCCAAGAUGGUUCAAUUUAUGAUAGUCAGCAAUUAGAAAAGGUAUACCUAUUACUUUAUUUAAAUAAUAAUAAUUUUAGAUGAUGUUUAAAAUGUGUUUAAUUAUAGUAUGGUGAUGUUGAUAUUGGAGAAUCUGCUGGUUUGAAUAAGAUUCAAGAUGAUCAUCCAAUAACUACUCGGCGCCAUACAGUUGGUCCAGGAAAUGGCUUAAUGACUAAGGUAACAAUUUACUUAGAUUUUUUUUAUUUGAUAUUUAUUUUUAGUCUGUAUAGUUAUAUAUUAUUUUUAGGUAAUGGAAUCACAUUAUAUAACACACCUUCAAACUGGUUGUGAUGUAAAUGUUUUACCAAAUACAAAUUUGCCUUUAAAUAUUCCAUUAGUCGAAUUUCAAUCUCCCAAGAAUUUUACAAUAAAAGAUCAACAUUUAUUGAAACCACCACAAGUCAUGGGUGCAAGUAAUAUUAAGUUUCAAAUAAAUUUGUAUAACAAAUAUAUUAUUAACAUUAUUUUUUUAGAUAACAACUUUGGUAGACGUGCAUCAGAUGGUGGAGCUAAUUUACAAAUGUCACAAAAAAUAAAUUGUACAUUAAGUGAACCAAGUAGCAAAGAAGAUUUGAAAAAAGUAAUAAUUUUCAAAUCAUAUAUUUAUUGAAUUUCAAUUACAUUCACAUUAUAAAACUAGCAUUUCUUUAAGAAAAAUUUUUAUCAUUUUAUUCAUUUAAUAUCUAUUAAAUUUUGUUUGUAGCAAGAGAAAAUAGAUCCAAAUGACUUAAGAAUUGCAAUAAUUGAUCAAUCUAGUAAAGGAAAUUUAUUAUCCGAAGAAAACCCACCAUCAGUAGUAUCUUGGUAGUUAAUAUAUAAAUAUAUGAUCAAUAAUUAUUUCUGUUAUAAUUUAAUUAUUAUAGUAUUUUAAUUAAUAAUUUGUAUAAUAUCAAUAUUUAUAGUCGAUAUCCAAAAGUAAUUUGCAGUCCUUCAUCAAGACACGGAAUGGGAGUUAAAGAAGACAUUCAAACUCAGCAAACUAAUUUACAAAAUACUAGAACCAGGCGCAGUGGUGUAUCAACUGUAACGGAAAGGCCUCCAGGUACAUUGUUUUGUAUAAUGAUACUCUAAAAUACUCAUAUUAUUCUUAAAUAGCUCGAGAUUUAGUUUUUUUAAUUUUUAUUCUUAUUAUGUAUAACUCAAACCACACAUUAUAACUUGUUUUGUAAGUACUUAAUAUUAAAUUAUUUUAUUUGUAACCCUAAAACAAACUCAAAUUAAUUUGCAUUAAAUAACAUAAUUUCUCUUCCAAUUUGUUGUAUAACAAAUCAUUUAUAUAAAAAUAAUAAUAAUAUUUAAAUAUUUGGAGCACAUUUGUUCAGCAUAUUUAUUUUAAAUGUGAUUGUAUUUUCUAAAUAUUAUAUUAUAUUGCAUAAUAUUUAAAUAAACAUAAUACAAUAGUUUAUAAUCAACAUUCUGUGUAAAUAAAACAUUUGUAGAGGGUAGGUAAGACUAAAGAAUAUAAUUUGAACUCUUGAGUUUUUAGUAUUAUUCCUCUGUUCCUAUUUUAUACAUCCGAGCUAUUAAUAAAUAUUUAACUUCUUAAUAUUAUUGAAAAAAAGCUGUCAUAUUUCAUAUCAUGGGGGCAGGCAACAUUGUAGAUGAGAAUUUAGGAAAUUAGGUUAUAUAGAUGAUUAAUUUAAAUCUUUACCAACAAUAAAUCCCACCCUCUCUUAAUAUUUUUUUUACUAAUACCUAUAUUUCAUACAUUUUCCCGGUUUUUACAAUAUGUUGUAAACAUUUCUGAGAUAAUCAAAAUGUAUAACCCCAGUCAGAUUUUCUUUCAAAGAAAGUUUUACACUUGUAAAUAGGGCCAAUAUUUCUGAUGAAAAUGUUGUUUGCAGAUAAAAACAAAAAUUUUAAAAUAAAUAUCAUUGUAAAACUAUAAGCUUCUUUGCUUCACUCAGAAUCUAAAAAGUAAGAAACCCAUUUUUGCUCAAUUAAAAUAUAUAUAUAACAAUAUAUUAUAUCAAUAAAAAUAAAUUAUUCAAUCUAAGUGAAUCUUAUCCACAUUUGUUAUUUAACAAUGUUAUAAAUCAUGUUUUGAGUUUUUUAUAAAAAAGGAAAAUAUUUUUUGCUUCUGAAAUUAAACUUCUCUUGUAAUCGUAAUUAUUUGUAAAUAGUAAAUUUUUUUUUAAUGAUAUCAAAGUAUAAUAAAUUAUAUGGAUUUUGGUAAGAAGUGAGCUAUAUAUCUUUUUGCUAUUAGUAGUUAUUUGGUUUUGAUAAUAGUUAUUUGCUAAUUAUUAAUUAGUUACUCGUUAUUAUAAUAGUUAUGAUAUUGUUAUUCAACAUAAAAAAUAUAAGAUUUAUGAUAAUAAAUUAUACUAUUUAUUACUUAAACAAAAAAAAAAAAAAUGACUACAAUGUAUAUACAUGGUCUUCCAAAUUUCAUGUUGCAGUUAAAUUUUUGGUGAAAUACUUAUUUUCCACAAAAAAUGACUUAAAAUCCUUUUUGAACCAAAUAUUCUAAAAUGUAACAUUGUCCUUAUUUUUUUCACCCCUAUUUAUAUGAAAUCACUACCCACUAAUGAUGUUUAAAGAUUGUAUUAAAAAUUCCAUAAAUGAAUGAGUUGUCUGUGAAGGGACAAAUUGUAAGUAAAUGGAAAAAUUAGGUUUUGGGUAGCAGCCUCACAAGCAUAACCAAAUUGAUGAUCCAGAUUAAUUAUAAGUAAGUCCAUUGUUUGGAUUUGUUACUAAGUAGGUUUUAAAUUCAGUUCAUGCACGUAAGAAUUAAAAUCUAAAUAUUUUUAGUGCAACUUUUUGUAAUUUUUGGCAUUUUUUUCGAUUUGAUUGCAAUUUUGUUGAUUUUCUUCAUUUAUAAUACAAUUUUUAAUACUUUUAAAUGUUAUUUACAGGAUUUAAUUUUUUAUAUGUUGAAGUAAAAUAAUGAUGGGGCUGUGUCAGAUAUUAUGUCAGAAUAAUAAUAUAAUGUUUUAUGCAUAUUGUGAUAGUCAGGUUAUUUCGAACUUAAUGAAUUGUUAAAGGACCCAUACACCUGCAAACAUAUUGUGCAAACUAUACUUGCACCAUUAGUACAAUUAAUUUUGAAUGUGUUCGAAUUUCUGCAACUAAUUGCACAGCACAUCAAACAACACCAUACAUUAUUUAACUGUUUAUAUAAUGCCUUUGUUGUGCAAUAUGUUUGCAGGUGUAUGGGAGUGUUGAAAAUACCAUUUGAUAAAAUGGUGCAUAUUAUUUAAUAAGAAAAUAAUUAAGUAAAAGAAAAAUUAUUUCAAUUUUAGAUAUUUUUUACACAAAUGAAAUAAUCAAUUUUAUUAUUUUUAAGUGCAAUAACUUCCAAACCCUAGUAAUAAGUGUAAAUAAGUAUUUAUUUUAUUUUAUAUUUUUAUUUAUACAUAAAAAGAUAAUUUACCCCACUAAAAAAGUUUUUUUUAAGUUUUGUAUUACUUUUUUUUUAAUUAAGUCAAUAGAAAUUAAUAAGAACAAAGUGAAUUGAAAUACUUUAGGAGUAGUCAUAUCUAUUGUUUCAAUCCAACUAGUGAAACUAGUUUAAUUUUGAUUUUGGAGUAAAAGUACCAAUUAUGAAAUUUUUAUAGAACAAUAUUUUGGAGGGAAUGUCUUAGGGUUUUUAUAUUCAAAAUAUACUGCUCAAUAUAAUAGGUACAAAACCUUAUUUUUGUUUUUAAAAUAUCUGUAACUUUUUUAAUAGUUCAUAAUUCAAGAAAACACCUCUUAAAGAUUGUCUAAAAUGUGUAUUAUACAAUUGUCAAGGAAUAUCCAUGACUGCUGAUAAGAUAAAAAUAUAAUAUAAGUAAAAGAAAUAAAUAAAUAAAUACAAAACUUUUGUAUUAUUUACAAUAGCUCACACUUUCAUUGUUUAAAAAAAUCUAUGCUAAUAAGAUAUUGAUUAUUUUAAUAGCAAUCCUUCUCUACUUUUAUAAAAUAAAUUUUCAUUUACUAAUCUUUUUUCCCUUUUUUCUAUCUUACAUUCUUACUUCGAAAACAGUUGUUAUUCAGAUCAUCUCUAUGAGUAUAUCAGUUUCUCUUUAUAUACAUGUAUGUUCAUGUGAUGGCACAGUGUGAGAUGUUCAAAUAGUGCUCCACUACUCUCCCUCUAUCCAAACUUAAAAAUAGAAUAUCUCUUAAUGGGAUGAUGUAAAUUAAAAAGAAAGGUAAGAUAAUGGGGGACAGGUGCAGGCUACUGGUGUAGGUGGGAAGUUGGGAAGGUAGGAUAUAGACAGGUAUUUAAUGUAUACUUGUAAACAAUGAUAAACCAUUGUUUACGAAAAACCUCAAUUCUGAGCAGAGUCCAGUUGAUAGUGAUGCUAUGUCAACAAUAUAUAUGUCAUAUUACAUUAAAAUAAUUAAAAAGACAUUAUAUGUUAUCUUUAAUAUUUGUUUACUGUUGUAAUAAUUUUCUCAGUUUUCCUAGGAUUUUCCCAGUUUUUCAAAUUUGAUGAAUAAUUCCUGAGAAAAUCAAAAAAUAUUCUCUCUAAAGUACCUCUCUAGUGAAAUAUUAAAAGUUAAAGCAAAAUUGCUGGUAGAAAAGUUGAACACAGUAAAAAAGAAGACCGUAAUAUAUUUUAACUAAUAUUUAUAUUUCUUAUAUUUUCCAUUUUUUUUUCUCAGUUUUUUCGCAUUUGAUGAGAAAAUUGAAAAAUUAUGUCUUUAAAGUACCUUUCUACACUGAUUUCCUUUCAGAAAAGGUGCUACGUUUAAAAAUCUGAGCAAAUCUUCUGGUAGAAAAGUUGCACACAGAUCACUUUUGUAAAGCUAUAAUUUUCUUUCUACUCAGUAUCUAAAAUGUCAAUCAAAAAAUUUAUUUUAACUAAAACCUGUCUAUAUUGUCAUCUAUUUAUGGAAUUUUCAAUAAAAGUUGAAAAUCAAAAAUGAGAUGUGGUUUUAUACUAAAAAAUAAGGUUGAAAAAAAUGAGGGCAGUGUCAUUAAUAAAUACAGACAUUUCAAUACCCUAGAUCAUAUACAAUGGAUGGCUCUCAGUAGCCUAUAGAUUACAUAAUAUAAUAUCUUUGAUAUACAUGUUAUGGACAAGUGACCAGAUGAGUAGCCUUUAGUAUGAAUGUGUGCCACUGGUGACUAAUACAUAUUUAUCUCAAAUUAUCAACAUAUUAUAAGUACUUUAUACAAAUUUCAAUUUCAGUUAAUUACCUUUCAACAAAUUUAAUAAUUUUCAAUACAUUUGGUGAACUUCUUACCAACCCUCUCCUAUUUUUAAUGUCAACUGGAGUGGAGUAAGAAUGUUUGUGAUAAUAAUUAUGAUCAGUGGUGGUUUAAUAUUUUGUUAAAGUAUAUAAUUCCAAAAAUAAUUUUUAUAAGCUAAAUUUGAACAUUUAUCUGUAACAUGACAUUUGGAAAACAUAUACUUAUAUAUUAUAUUUAUAAUAAAUAAUAUAAUUGUUAUUAUUUUAUUUAUAUUUAAUUACCUGUAGUAAAUCAUUUUUCAUGUGAGUAACUUUAUUUUUUAUAUUCUGAGUGUAGUGUUGGUGGUAAUUUUCGGUUAGUAUUAAUAAUUAUACUGUUUUACUGAAAAUCAGUUAUUUAAUUAUUUCGAAUACUCAGUUGUUUACUUUAUGACAGAUUUUAUUUAUUUAAAACAUCUAUUUUAAUUUUGGGAAAUAAUUUUAAAUAGGAAGUUAUUGAUACCAGUAUUUUAAUCCCAGUAUGGAACUACAUUUGGUUAGGUACUUGUUAUAGAUUUAUCAUUUGAAUGUAUACAUACGGCUUACAAUUAUCUAGUUUGAUUGUACAUUCUGUUUGUUCAGUUAUUCAGAGGUACCUACUAUUCAUUCUUUUGUAGUGGUAUUUGUUAUAAUAAUAACAUUUACAUCACAUUUUUUUUAUUAAAAUUUUCAAAAUAAUUAAACUAGUGUACCACGUGAAAGGGAUUUUAGCUAUACUGGAAACAUAGUAACUGAUCAUCGAUUCAGUUUACUGUUGACACAUGCUGAACAAUUAAUUUUUUUAUCAAUGAAUCAAAAAUGUAUAAACUAAUUAAUUAAUAACAUAAUCAUAUUCCUUUACUGCUUGAUAAUAAUAAUUUAAUAAUAUUAAUAUUGUAAUAUUAUAAUUAAUUAGUAAAUGACAAUGGUAUUUAAUUAUGUUUUCUUCGUUUAUUAAUUUUAUUACAUUUGUUUAUUAUAUUAAAAUACCAAAGUACUGGUAUACAGUUCCAUACCGGUAUUAACCUUAAUUUCAAAAUACCGAUAUCAAUAACUCAAUACCGCCAGCCCUAUCAGAGUGUGUGAUUUAAAUGCAUUUUUUUUCUCUUUAGUGUUUUUAUUAGAUAAACUAUUGAACACAGUAUUCUAGUUUUUGAUUUGAAUGUGUAGUUAUAUUUUUUUUUUUUUUUUUUUUUUUUUUAUAUAUAUAAUAUUAACACAUUCUAUUUUUCUUAAUGAAUGGUUUGUUUGCAUGGCUUAUUAUUUUGUUUUAAAGUCAUUAGUCCUGAAUUGAUACGUGAAGUAGAAGCACGUAUGAACCGAGAGUAUGUACCACCACAAUUACCAUCACUAGUCAAUGUUAGACAUAGUCAUCGUAUAUCUCAGGUUUCAGUUUUGCCAACAGUUCAAGAACUACAUCGACAUUCAGGUAUCUGAAAUUUGUCUUAAUGAUUUUCUUGAGUCUUUGGUUACAGUUUUCUACUUAGAAUUUUUUUAAUUUUAACUUUCUACAAAACUGGUGAAUUAUAUUUUGAUUAGGUCGAGAAAGUUUAAAAGAUGGAAGUGGUUAUUUACCAUCAGAAAGAUAUAGUCCAGUUCGCAGAACUAGUGAACCAGUUGUUUCAUCCAGUGAACAUCUAGAGCAGCCUAAUAUAUGGAAUAUACAGCAAGAAAAUAUUCAACUUCAAGUAAGAUUUUUUUUUUUUUUUGUACAAGUGAAAUAUAUUUUAACAUUGUGUUAUUUAUGAGCAGCAAAAAUGUAGUGAAAACACAUUGGACACUUGCCAAUGGGGUGCUGCCGAAUUACAAAUGGGUCAUACAUAUCAUAUGCAAAGUCUUCAAACUUUAUCAGAUAGACCUUCCUUCUUAAAUCCAACAACUAAUCAUCAGGGUAUAAAUUAAAUAUAAUCAUAAACAUAACUUGUUUAGAUUUGUUAAACUUACUAUUAUUAUUUUCCAGGUAAUUCAAAUAUUCUUAGUCAACAUUUACAAAAUUUAAAUUUACACCAAGCACCUCUUGUUAAUGUUCCACAAACACAAGGUAAGUACAUAGAUAUAUUAAUACAAACCUAAUGGUCUUAGUAUAAUGAAAUAUUUAAAAAGUUAGUAUAUAUAUAUAUAUAUAUACAUUUACAUACAACAUUUGAUUCAAAAUUUAUGUUACAGUAAUUUUAUCAUAUAAGUAUUAAAAUAGAUAAAAGUGAAUAAUACUAGUUGUUUUUAUUAUUUUUUUUUUUUUUUUACAGUCAAUUUUUACAAUUUUUUGGGAAGGUUAACAUUUGAAAUUCAAAUGGACCCUAUACUUUUUUUGCCAACAUAAUGAGAAGAUAUUUUUAAACUAUUUAUUAUUAUUAUUUUAUUUCAAAAUUAUGCUUGAGAGUAAUUUAAAGUUUUUAGAAGUUGUAUUUUGAUUUCACACUGAUAAAUAGCUAAUAAUGUCACUCAUCACAAAUCUUGUUGUGCUGCUUCUAGCAAACUACUUUUAGUUGCAUUAGUUAUUAACUUUUAAUUGCUCUCAAUCAUAGUUUUGAAUAAAUUAAUGCUACUCAAUCAGUAAAAUUUAUUUAAAAAAUAUCUUCACAUUAUGAUUUCAAAAAAAGUAUGAAUUCCCAUUUUAAUUUUAAAUAUUGAUCCCUCCAAACCUUGCUUAAAAGACUAAAAUAAAAAACCUUUUACUAUACAUUUUUCACUAUUUUGAAAAUGUGUAAGAUAAAAUAAUACCUAUAACAUAAAUUUUGAACCACUCAGUAUAUUAUAUAUGUUUAAUAAUUUUUGGUAUUUGUCAUAUGUGCCCUACCUAUUUGUAGAUAAACUUUUAAAACUAAAAUAAAAUAUCUACAAAAUAUCUACAAGGGUUUUAACUAAAAAGUCAUAUUGUAUUAUCUUGUCUAUUUUAAUAUUCUAUUUUGUUAAACUUGUAGGUUCAAUUACUCAAGGAACUCCUAAUAUAAUUUCUAAUCAUCAAAUUCCAGCUCCUUUGGAUUUAAGGACAAAUAAUAAAAUAAAUCCUCAACCAAGUAUUGUGAUAGAAGAUAAAACAUCAGGUAAUAAUAUCUUUUAAAAACACAAAAGUGAAAUUUUAUUUAAAUAUAAUUUACUAAAUGUAUUUCUUGUAUGAUCCUGUCCAAUUUGUUGUUUUUAAUAAGUCAAAUUAUUUUAGGAAUUUGUGAAAAAAAAAUACUUUCAAGUCCAGAAAUAUCAUUUACGGUAACAAAUGAGGAAGGUGGUAUGAUGGAAGUAGACACUUUACAAACAAAUCAUAUUGUUUCAACAGACACAAUAACUUUUCUAAAGAAACCAUAUUAUAAUACUGAAUCCCUGUCAGCUAUGCAUGAACAUUUUGAUGAAAUCGAUCAUAUAAGAACAGACAAAAGUACUAAAAUAACAGAUUUAGAGUCUUCAACAUAUUUAACAAAAGCACCACUUUUUUCUGAUUAUAUAUUAAAAAGAACUGCUAGUGAUGCAUUUGUUGUGGAUUUAUCAGAUUUCUAUUCCAAUUUUACAUCUGGUAAUAUACUUGACAUUGUCAAGUGUUUGAUAUCAUCCAAUAUUUGUGCAUGGCCUUCAGAUGAUAGGCAGAACGUCUUGCAAUUUCCUACAGGUUUGCAGAUUGAACUAGAAGUGUGUUCAAAUGACACUGGUACCAAUUCAUAUUUGAAAAUUCAUCGACUAUCUGGGGAUUCAACUGAGUAUAAUAAUAUUUGUCAUCGACUGGUCGAAGGCUAUUUAUCUUGUAACGAAUAAAUAUUAUUAAUCACUAUGUUACUUUUAAAAUUUCCAUGGCUGUGCUACUUUGUGAAUGCAAUUAAUUAAUAUUAGUCACUAGUUUUAAUAAGCAUCUUUAGACUUUAUACACAAAGGCCCAUGCAGUUGUGAAUUAUAAUCAUCUUUAUUUUAUAUGGACUGAUUUCAAUGAUUUAUUUUACCAAACUCAUUUAAAUUAUUAUAUGGUCACAUGUGUGUUUGUAAAAUGGUGGCAUAGAAUAAUGUAUUUUCUACACUAUUUUUGAUGACCAAAUUAACAAACACACUGUAUAUUUUAACUAAAAGUUAACAAUGUAAAUUAAUUAUGUUUCAUAUAUUUUAUUUUAAAUUUAUUGUUAUAGUAAUUUUAUAAUAUUGUUAACUCUUAUUUGAUAAUUAUUAUUAGAUUCUUAAAUUUAAUUUAUGUUAUGGUAUGUAGACAUAUUCCACAAAAAAAAAAAUAUAUUUCAAUUGAAUAUUAUAACUUUAACAAGUUUGUUGUUAGAAUUUAUAAAUCAAGUAAUCUUGAUCAAAAUCGUAUUUUACUCUCAAUAAAUGUAUCAAAUUUCAUAAUUCAAUUGCUUCAGAAGUUUUAAAAACUAUAAUUUCUGAACCACACAAGUAUUUUGAAUAAUUCAUCAUUAGUAAUUUCUUGAUGUUUGUUAUUAUUUUUUUACUUUUUUAACUUUUGUUUAUUACUAAGAAAAAAAAUGCAUUGUGAUCUUUUUAUUGUUUCUUUUUUCAUUUUGCAUAGUCCCUAAUGUACUAUUUAUCAAAAAGAAUUAUGAUUGCUGCUGUAUCACUUAUUUUAAUUUAGUAUAAUAAACAUUACUUUAUAGCCUAUAUAUGCUCAAUAUCUAUGUUUUGUCCAUGUUAUUUGUUAUUCUUAUUCUUAUUAUUCUUAUUACCAAUUAUUAUUUAUUAUUACUACAAUGUUAUGAAAUGAACACUAAACGUUUAAGUUUAAUAUUAUAUUGUAGAUAUGUUAUUUGUUAUUAUUUAUACAUUCCAUUUAUAUUAUACUGAAUUUAAGUAUAGAAUAUUGUGAUAGACCAAUCAAAUAGUGUAUUUUUUUUUGAUUUGUUUAAUUUUAAAGCAUUUGUAAAUGCACUCUUGUAUUUAUAACAUGUAUACAUUUUAAGAAUGCCAAUAUCUAUUGAAAAUAAAACUUAUUUAAUAUGUUAUGUUUAUAAGUAUGUAUCUAUAAUAAAUUAUAUUAAAAUAUGGAAGACAAUAUACAAUAAUACAUUUUAUCGACCAAUAAACAGUUGACUGUUAAUAAUAAUUGAAUUUGAAUUAUAUUUGUUUACAAGUGUGUUUAUAUUAUUCUUAUGCAAAUACAUUAUAAUAUUCAAGAUUUUCUAGUACAAAAUAAUUAAACUUUUGAUCAUUAUCUGAACACUAUAAUUCAAUAGAGCAUACUAGUUAAUAGUGUGCACUACUUUAUUAUAUACUAUGUAUAUAAUAUAAUUUUAAUAAAAUAAAUGAAUAAACAAAAAAUAACAUACAUAAUAUUUUGGUGAACCUCUUUGGUGAAUUGUCUGAUCCUUUUUUUUUUUUGUUAUUUUGGGGUUAGAAAUUUAAUUACUCUGGACUAAAUGGGGUACAAUAUUUUCCCGGUGCAUGCUCGAUUUGCGAGAGUUAACCAAGAGACUGCUGGCGGCUGUUCAACUGACUCUGGGAGAUAACAUCUAACAGUGGCCCACCAUGAAUCAGCCACCACUGUUGCAUUUAACACAACUGUGCUCGAAUUUGCAUUGCCUACAAUGUUCAUUUUUAUUAUACCUGUGAGGAAAACAAUGCAGUAAGUAAUAUCUUUUGAGAAAUCUACAUUUAGACAAAUCUAUAGAAUCAGUGUGAGGUUUUAUUAGAGUACUUAUAAUAUAACUAAUAAAAGCAUUUAAUUAAUAAUUAAUACAUACAUUGAAUUAAAAAAGGCUUCGCCAGGAGUGUUAUCGAUAACUUAUAGUAUUAUAUUUCAUUUUUGAUUAUUGAGCACUUGCACAAUUUUAGAUUUUCAGUAUCUAUGAGUAAUAUAUUAGUUUUACUAAGAUGGAUAAUUUUUUUUUUCUCUCUGAACAACUUAUCUACCAGAAAUUUUGCAAUGAACAUCAAUUUCUAGGAUAUUGCUGAUGUUAACCAAAUUUUGCUUAUUUGGAACAUUAAGAGAAGUCAAUUUUAAAAUUGUGUUUAUAAUUAUCAAAAAAAGAAAACAUGUACCUUAUAUGAUUUUUGUUAUUUUCGAUCUUGUUUUUUUUUUGUUAUUCAGUUAAAUACAAUUGUAGAAAUCUGAAUUUUUCACAGAAUACUUCUAUUAGCUAUUUUCAGUACAUAUUGAUUACCUCCACUACCUGAUUAAGGCCCUAAAUCGGGGUUUUUUCUGAUAUAAGUUAGAGUAGUUCUUUUGGCUCCCUAUUAUAUAACAGGGGUCUUAUAUGAUUAUGUUUGAACUUACAGUAGUAUGGGAUCUAUUUUCACAAUACUCCACUGCUGCCAUCAUUCAUUACAAAAUUACAGCUAAUAAUUAUUUUGAAUUCUGUACUCUCCUAAGGGAGGCAGCAAUAAGGGAGUUCCUUAACCCGCCUGCCCAUAUCACUGUAUAUUUAAUAU